GUUCGUUCUUAUUUUCAUCGUUGUUACGUUGUUGGUUGAGGUUUUAUUGUUUUGUUUUGUUUGUUGCCUGUGCUAGAUGAUAUCGGAUACUGGUCCUGUUUUAAUAUUAUUUAUUAAUUGUGACGUGUGCUAAUUUUUCAUUUUACAGUACAUUGAAAAACAAAUGUUUAAUUUGUUAAUUUGAUAUCCUGGUUUCGGUUGGAUCUAUACCUAGGUUUAGGUUUAACACCUAGAGGCUAUAGUAAGCACUUCAUCUUCAUAGCUGGCUAUCCAGUUAGUAGAAGUAGGAUCUAUCCAAUAUGGGAAGUGAACCUAAAAGAAUGAGGGCUAUCAUAAAAGAUCCUCAACACUUUAAACGGGUUGUGGAAACAGUGCAAUUAUUCAAUGACAGACAGGACUUAAUGGACAUUUGUUUUGUUUGUGCCCGAGGACAAAGGGUUUAUGCCCACAAACUAUUGCUUUGUUCAAUAAGUACUCAAAUGAAAGAAAUGUUUUUGGAAGUUCCUGACAACAUCGACCUGAUCACAAUUCACCUGCCCGACAUAGAGGGGAGAAUAUUGAAGCAUCUGUUUGAGUUCUUGUAUCAAGGCCAGCUUAGAUUAUACAGAGAUGAAUACAACAAAUUCAAAGAUCUAAUGGACUUGUUGGGCAUUGUACUUCAUCGCUCUUCUUCGAACAAGACAACAACCCAUUUUGUGCCGGAAACGGCAGUUCCCACAACUCAGGCACAGCAGCCUGUUCAGCCAAUCUAUUAUGUGCAAACACCGAGCCUCAAUAAUCAAGGCCAAAUGCAGUACAUGCUGGCCACCCAGGGUCAGAUGAUGCAGAUGCCGUCGUCUGCUGCUCCUGGACAGCUGAUGCAAGUAGCUCAGCCACAAGCACAGUCCCAGGCACCCACCACUUCCAUGGCUCAGGGACAGAUGAUGCAAAUGGCACCGACAAUCAUGACACAGGCAGGUGUCCAGAUGGUACAGGCAGCUUCAACAGGAGUGAACAAUGCAGUUCAACAAAACAACAUGGUGCAAAUGGUUCCCCAGAACAAUACUCAGGUGGUGCCAAUGGUGGCUGGCAACCAGAUGGUGCAGUGUUCCAGUCAAAUGGUUGUGCAGGGCAACCAACCAACAAUAAUCAACAACCAGAUCAACAACCAGAUGCAAGGGAAUAUUCAGAAUCAGCAGGUCACUCAACCCACGGCAAGGCCUCAGUAUGUCAUGUCUUCCUCGACCAAUCAGAUGACGACUAAUCGCACACGGACGCAGUACACACAACCACAGAUCACUCCACAGCAGAGGCUAGCAGCCAGGACCCGGACAUCUACCCAGCUCUCUGUACCCACCAGGAACAACACAGUCAACAAUGCUGGAAAAUCACUAACGGAAGAUCUUCUUGAAGUUUUUCAAGAGAACUAUUCCAACACCAAUCUGAAGAGCCCGAGCGCGCUGACUGCGAAAGAGCUCCGGGAUAUCUUGGAACCCAAAUUAGAAAGGGAUUUGACAGAAGAAGAGGGAAGUAUUGAAGAAAUUAUCAGAUCAUGGCGAGAAGACCCGGUUGAAGCUCCAUUUAACAUCAGAAAUAAAACACCUGCGUCGAAAAUUAGUAAUGAAACACCUGCAUCGAACUCUAGUAUCUUAUCAUGUACAUUGACCAGUAACAGAACACCUGCAUUGAACAUUAGUAAUGAAACGCCUGCAUUGAACAUCAGUAUCGAAACGCCUCCAUUGAGCAUUAGUAUCGAAACACCUUCAUCGAGCAUUACUAACGGAACACCUUUAUCGAGCAAUAGUAUUGAAACACCUCCUUUGAACAAAGGUAAUGCAAAACCCGCCUCUGCCAGAAAGUCGAAACGGGGGCGGAAAAAGAAAUGCAAUCUAUCAGAUGAUGAAGACGACGAGGAUUAUGUCCCGAAUAAGUCUAAUAUUAUGCAUAAGAAGUCAAAAAAGAAGUACUGAUUGUCUAGUAAAAGUGGUUAUAAUUUUGGUGAAUAAUUGGUUUAGUUGGUAGAGUGGUGGGUUUUUAAACCAUGACAGAGACCGCUUAUUGUGUGUUAGCAUUGAUUUUGUAUUAGGCAAUAAUAUUCAGAUACAAUGAGCUACCGGUAAUGAUUCCAGCCAUUUGACCUAAAAGGUCCUGGUUUUAUCCACUAUUUAAGAAAAAAGUCAAGUAAAAUAUUUAAUUGUAAUUCAAAUAAUCAUCAUAUGUAGAAACUUAAAAACUACCUCAAACAUUAUCUACCUUUUCUCUAUUAGUUGUAAUGAUGAUAGUUCAACCUCUUUUAAUUUUUAAUCUGUGCCAUCCAGACAGCUGUUGGCACUGUACAAACCAAACUAUACAAGGUGAAGUUCAUACAAUAAAUGGAUGUUAAUUUUUAGGUAUUGAUAACAGUAACGAUACCAUGGUCUCUGUCUAGCUUGAUACUCUUUGGUGUUUAGAUUCAACGUACAAUGCUACAAUAGCUCAGGGAAUGUGAGGUUUGUGUCCUCAAAAGCCUAUUAUUUUUAUUACCUAUAAAUAGUUAAAACUUGAGAAGUAAGACUCUUAGAUUUGACGAGCAAUGCUAUGUUUAAACUUAAACUGGGACCAUGAGACUUGUGUCCUUGAAUGCUUGUUAUUAUUUUUACCUUUGGAUAAGUCAAGACUAAAGACAUUAGUUUUAAAAAAAUGCUAUGUUCACACUAAGAUUUUGAGAUUUGUGUCAGUAAAUGCUUAAUAUUAUUAUUUUUAUCUUUGAAUAAGUUAAAACUUAAAACAAAAUACUCGUUGAUUCGAUGAACAAUGCUAUGGUCACACCAAGAUAGUUAGAUUUGUGUCCUUAAAUGCAUGUCAUUGUUAUUACCUGUGAAUAUUUUAGUUACAUUUUGGUUAUAACCAAGAUUUAAGUAUAGGUUAUAAAUUAGUUAAUGCAAUGAUUCGGUGAUGUACUUGUUUUAUUCUUUUAAAUGUUAAAAAAAUAUAUUUUAUUGUGUUUAAGUUGAGAACAAUACAAAAACCUUGUUAUAUAAUUUAAAACUGAAAUUUUCAUGGUUAAUAAACAUUAACUCAUUGGAAUAUAGUUUGCUAAUCCAAAAUAAGAAACAAGAGAGAUUAUUUUUCAAUUUUAGUUUCAUUGUUUGGUUGGUUAUUGUUAAUACUGUUGAAAGAUUUAUUUUUAAACUUAGGUGCUUUUUGGAAACAUUAAUAUAUUUUAUGCAUGUUGUAAUUUUAAAUUUUAAAUGUUGAACCCAGAUUAUUUAGUUCUAAAUACGUUGGUACCUACAUCUUUCUAAUAUAAUUUAUUUAUUCUAAUGCAUUAGCGAAUUUGAUUUAAAAGAUCUAUCUUUGCUGAUGUAAAAUGAAAUUGUUACACAAAAUGUAACAAGCUGUAGUACAGGCCUGCCUCUAGUGAAAUGCAAGUUACCUGCAUGUAAUGAUGUUUUGAUGUUUUUUCUGGCCAUUAUGAUGUUUUUAUGUAGACAUGAUUAUGUCAAAUUGUAGCUCAAGGUAAACCCCCCGAAAAAUUCAAUUUUAUGCUUUUCAAACACAAAGAAAGAUCCUCCUUGUUUUGUGGCAAGUACUGUAGUGUAGUUAUAUUAGUAAAAAAAAAAAAAAAAAAAUAGCCUACUGUGUUCAAAGUUUUUUGAGACAAUUGAAGAAGUGUUGAGUAUGUUUUCCCUUUUUUUAAUAACACUCAAAAAUGAUAAAAUAAAAAUAAAAUGAUUUGAUUAUUUUUUAUUUGCUCUGUAUUGUCAAAACAUUUCACAAGUAUUAGACCUUGUAAUGUGAUUAGGGUAUACCCAUAACCUCAAAAUCGAUGCGAUCGUCGUUUUAUCAGAGAUUCUUGGUAGCCUAGGUACCGUAGUCCCGGCCCCAACAACCUCGGAUAAUUGAGAGUGUACUGUAAAAUUUUUCCCAAGUAUUUUUGUAUAGGUAUUUUUGUGAUAGUGUGAGAUAUUAUGUCUGAUUAAAGGUGCUUCCUAAUAAUAGUUGUGGGGUAUAUGUAAUUUCAUGGGAUUUUGAAUGAAGCAAUUCUAUGAUUAGUGGCGAUAGAUAGGUAAUGACAUGUAGAAUUGUGUAUUACCGGGUGUUUUGUCUUAAAGUGUGUACCUUAAUUUAACUUAAAUUAUUUUUAUGUUGAAACUUGUCUUUAGUUUAACACAUACAGGGCUGGUCAUCAGUGUUACAACAAUUUUUUUGUGUAAGCACAAAUUAAAUGAAGUUUGAUGAUAAGAGGUUCCAAGUCUAAGAAUUGAUUCCCAAAUAAUUAUACUAUUUUUUUUUAUAACCAUGUGAAAUUGCUGUAUAGUGUUUAAAACAUGGUUAUUUGAGAAAAAAGUUAAAACAAUUCUUUGGGAAUCCAAUUUUUAGACUUGGAACCUCUUAUAUGCAUCAUCACACUUCAUAUAAUUUGUACUUACACCAAAAAAUAAUUCACAAAUAAAAUAACACACCAACAAAAAGUAACACUGAUGGCCAGUCCUGUAUGUCUUUAACUAAAGACAAGUUUCGACAAAACAAUAAUUUAAUGUUAAAUGAGUCAUUUUAAAAUUGUCAGAUUUAAUUUAGUGAUUAAUAAAAUUUAAAACCAAACAUUUACUGAGUAAUUUGAGGCCAGAAAGAUCUUAGUGUCAUGUCAACAAGAUAUAAAUCAAAUCUACAAAGUAAAAUAGAUUGAAAAUAUCAAAUCAACACGAGAUAUAAAUCUUUAAAUAAAGACUGAUAUGUAAAAAGUUAAAUUUUAUACAGUAGUGUUUUGGAGUUUGUUGCUCGACUCAAAUUCAACCAAUUUUAAUGAUCAAUAGCUCAAAUGAAAGCCCUUAAAUCACUAAAUAUUUUAAGGCUAGAACGAACUACAAGCGAUAAUAAGAACUGGAAAUAUAAGUAAAAUGUCAAAGUACGAAAUGUCCAUAAUAUAUGUAAGGGGAAGAGUUUUCAUUUGAAUAUAUAUUUCAAACAAAAAAUGAAAUUGAAAAACAGAUUUUGGUAUUGAAAUCAGCAUGAAAAUCUAUUUCCUAAUGAUGUGUCACAAUACUAUCAUUGCAUUAAAAAAAAAUUAUUAAUAUACAAUAUGGCGUAUACAAGAUGGCGGCCGAAAUAACCCGGCAACACUUUCAGACAAAACACCCGGUAGUACAUGUCAUUACCUAUUUAUCGCCACCAAUCAUAUAACUGCUUCAUUCAAAAUCCCACGGACUUUCCUAUAUUUACAAAUGCCACAACACUAUAGCAUGUUUAGGGUAGUUAUUUUAGCAGUACAGAUAAUUAAAAGAUUUUAGACAAAUAACCAAUAGUUUGUUCAUGAAUAACAUAUAUUUAUUGUGCCAUUUAUGCUGCUUGCUAGCAAAUUGACAGCAACAGAUCUAAUCCGGUUAUUUAAUAUUUAUUUAUUUCUUUUUGUUACUCUGUUCCGUAUCUUUAAAUGUGAAUAUAAAAACUCAAUGCAAAGUGAUAAGAGAUUCAGAGUAGACAUUACAGUAUAUUCUCUAAUGUUCAGACAUUCGAUAGUUUAAAGUUUUGACCUACGCUACACUACUUACCUUUGAAUUUUGUAUACUUAAGUAGACAUCCGUCUACAUGGAACCGCUGUAGCCUAUUUUUUUUUACAUAGUUGAAUGAGCCAGUCACAGAGUUUGCUAGUGUCAAAAAUUUUAUUUUACACCUCAUUUAUUGUUACUAAGGUAGUUGAUUUGACACCGGUGCUAAAGCUUAAAAUAAGUUACCCUAUCAGACUCUGUUUAAAAGUCUGUGUAUUCAACAGAAAUGGUUAAUUUAAAUCAACACUACCUGUCUGCUCAAUUCAACUAUCUCCAUUUUGAUUAAAGUUGAAAAAACUGACAAAAAUUUAACAGAAAUGGAGUAUCUAUCAAUAAUCAAAGGUAACUCUUUAACUCACACCUUCGGUUCUGUGGUGUCUGAACAAUGGAGAGUCUACUGUAAUUACUAGACAGGGUAGUUACAAAAGAGUCUGUAUUGUUAUUUUGUAUUACUUUAAAUGUUUGUGAGUUAGAAUAGUAUGAUAUAGGCCUAUAAUCUGUUACAUUUCUGUUUGUUUUAUGGAGAGUAGUAAAAUGGUUUAA